CAACCGCCAGAUAACAACAAAAAGAACAAAAACAGUCGCGUCGUCGUCUUCGUGGAAGCUCCGUGUUUUAUCUUUACUUAUUUCUUGAUCCCAUUUUUGGGACUCUGCUGGUGGUCAAUUCCGUGAAUAUCGCGCUGCGAUGACCUCGUCUCAGGACGCUUGUUACAUUUCCCUGUUGGGACUGGCGGAAUACUUUCGCACUUCGUCGCCGCCCAACAUUAAAAAAUGCAUCCAGUGCUUACAGGCGUUGUUUACCUUCAAGCCACCGCUUAAAGUGGAAGCCCGGACGCAUCUGCAGCUGGGACAGAUUCUGAUGGCAUACACCAAAAAUACCGACCUGGCAAGGAACCACCUGGAGCAGGCGUGGAUGUUGUCGGAAAACAUCAACAAUUUUGACGACGUGAAGUUCGAUACGGCAAGUCUGCUGGCCCAGUUAUACCAGCAGCAGGAACAAAGCUCACUGGCUAAGCCGGUUCUCCGGAAGGCGAUAGAAUUAUCCCAGCAUAAUGUUUACUGGCACUGUAAACUGCUUUUCCAGUUGGCGCAAACGCAUGCAACCGACAAGGAAUACGCUCUGGCCUCCGAGUUACUAGCAGUCGGAGUAGAAUCAACAGAUGAGACCAAUGCAACCUACUUAAAAACGUUAUUUCUCCUUAGCCGGGCUAUGAUAAUGAUGAUCGAGCGAAAAACCGGCGAUGUUCUAACCAUAUUGAACCAGGCAGGGACUAUGAUCGAUAACGCCGUGCAGAACAUCCAUCUGAAGGAGUAUUUGAAGGUGUUUUUCUACGUCUUGCAAGUUUGUCACUACUUGCAGCUGGGGCAGGUGAAAACGGUUAAAACAAGCCUCAAGCAACUACAGCAAAGCAUCCAGACCAUAAUGGCUCCGAAUUGGCCGGCGGACGAACAAAUUUUCGGCCAAAGCAAUACAGAGAUGUUCAUGUGGUUACCGAAAGAGCAACUUUACGUUCUGGUUUAUUUGGUCACCGUGUCGCACUCGAUGAUGGCCGGUUACAUGGACAAGGCCCAAAAGUACACCGAGAAAGCGUUGACUCAAAUUGAGAAACUGAAAUCUCAAGAAAACAAACCAAUCCUGGCGGUGUUCCAGAUUAUCCUGCUAGAACAUAUCAUCAUGUGUCGCUUGGUGAUGGGAAACAAAUCGUUGGCCAUCAAAGAGAUUGCUUUGGCCAAAGACGUCUGCCUCUCGUCGUCCAACAAGUUUCUCCUCAAGAAGCAUUCCGCCCAGUUGCACUGUCUGCUGGGCCUUUACGCAAUGUCGGCCAGUUACUUCGAGCAUGCAGAAAGACAGUUUUUCGCCUGUAUCAACGAUACGACCGAGAGGGAUCUGAAACUGUUUGCCAAUCUCAACUUGGCCAUUGUCUAUUUGAGGAUGAAGCGGGAGCAGGAGUUGCGACAGAUUCUGGACCAGGUGCAGCAGGAGAACUCCCAGUGCUCGAACAGUCAGGCUCUGAUGGGGAGCUUCUAUUACGUUCAGGGAUUGAAUGCUUUCCACAAGAGCAGCUUUCAUGAAGCCAAACGUUUCCUACGCGAAACCCUAAAGAUGGCCAACGCCGAAGACUUGAAUCGGCUGACGUCCUGUUCGCUAGUGCUGCUGAGCCACGUAUUCCUCAGCAUCGGAAACUCCAAGGAAAGCAUGAACAUGGUAACGCCGGCCAUGCAGCUCGCGUCCAAAAUUCCGGACAUCCACGUGCAGCUGUGGGGAAGUGCCAUACUGAAAGACCUGCACCGGAUGCUGAAGGAGCCGGCGCUGGAAACCGAGGCGUACAACAACCACUGUAAUUUCUCGCAGAAUCUGAUUGCCGACCAGAUGAAGUGCACCAAGUUUCCGGAGCACACACUCAUCAGCUGGGUACAGGGUGAUCCACCGUUGCCGAUGCUGAGUCAGGAAAUACUGGAGGCGCCACCUGCGGCCACAAUUCAGCAGCAGUCGGCCACCGUGGUGCGGCUUCCCGGACAGCCAGGCCAACAGGUUAUUUAUCAGUGAAUGUUCAAUGUCGGAGCUUGCAAAGUAGCGGUAUGAUUGUGAAUGUAUCAGAGUUUUUUUUUUCAGUGUAGUUCUACAAUUAACCUUCAACGAACGUAUUGAUAUAGAAAAAAAGUUUUCUUUAGUAUUCA